GAUAAACAUCUGCCUUGAAGAUACGCGCAACAUCCGACGCGCAGAGUAUUGUGCAUCUAUAUUGUCUUCACUACGCAAACGCGGUCUAACCUGAAGUUGAGGAUACAACACGACCGGAGUACUGAGCCACCUCUCCUCGUUUACCGUCCCCUUCUAGCAAGAUAGCCUCGCGGACUAGGACUGCGGUUUCGCCAUGGACUCUCUGAGCCUUACCGAGAAUCGAAGGAAGAUCAACUGGAACAACGCGUACAGGACCUUCCUCUGCUGUCUUUUCCGGUUCUUCCGUCGUGAUCGGAACGCUUUCAGUGAGGUCUUUCGCUCACUCUUCGGCCUGAAUUUCACGAACAAAGAAUUGUAUACCAGGUUGUCGACGCAGUGGUGGGACAUGAGGAGAAAAGGCGAUCCAAUAUGGCACCAGGUGCAUGUUGAGGUUCCCUUCCCGCCGCCAGAAGGUCCUUGGUUGCAGAUGGUAUCGAUGAUCAAAGAGACUGCCAAUGCCAUCGGUGUUUCCCUGGCUGAGAAGAGCAUGGAUGACAUUGAUGUUUCAGGCUUUCAUUUGAAUCCAAGACAAGUGCGGCGGCCGGCUCCCCUCCAAAUACUUCCUCUUCAGACGCCCGUUGAUACUACGACAUCGACUCGAACGGCCUUUGUGGACGUGGAUACUCCUUCGACUGAGCCACCAGGCACGCAGUCCAGCUUGUCCUCCCCGUCUUCUGUGUCUAGCCAACCAGAGGGUCUCUGCGAGGCUGGCGGAAAGGCCUGUUUCUGGUGUUGUCAUGAAGGGGCGGAUGAGGUUCAGACUGCGCCAGAGAUCAGCACGGAUAUCCCACCUAUCCUCUAUCGGUGGGCAAACGUCGAUUCGCAGGGAGUCAAUACGAAAUCGCUCAUUAUCUCCGGGCUCUUCUCGAAUAGCGAUCAAGAGUUCUUUGCCCCAGAUGAGAUCCCGCGGGAAGAUUUCGAACAGUAUGCCACGAAACACGUCAGCACUGAGAAGUCCCUGUCACCUUUCAUUUCCGUCUUUCAAUCUCUCCUAGCCCCCGUCCACCGCGCGAUCCGAACCGGGGAGGGUGCGGCUGUGACAUUCAUCGAUACCUCGAAACUAGAGACAAAGGUAUAUUCUGCGAAAUCUCUAGUGUGGGACCUAGGCAUAAAGAUCAAAGGAUACAGAGGCCUUGGGGAGUAUCUGGUCUGGGGCAAGGUCCCAACACCCGCUAUAAUCUGCACCUUCAAGAUCAGCACCCUCGUCAACAUCGUAGAAGAGGACGCGGGCAUAGGGGAGAUUUUGCGGCUGAAUCGCAUAAAGUCCUUCAAGCGGAACCGCAAUGAGCUGCAAACGGCCCUCUCAAAAGGGCCAGGCAGAGUGGACAGUACCUCUGGUCUUGUUGUUGGGAGGUUGCUGCGGAAGCUGAAUGUGCCUGAUCCUUACCUUGAAGCAGUUGCCGUUAAGAUCUCGCACUCCUGGCGUUUUGCGCGUUGCAAGGAUAUCAGUGAUUACCUGAACGGUGUUCAGGCUGGCUACCACGGGCAGGGCCCAUCCCCGUCCCUUUCGCCGGUACUUGAGCAACCACUGCUGGGAACGCCACCAUCCUCUCUCUCCUCUCAGCAGCAAGAAGAACCCCUUGUCGUCUCCGAGGACCAAGAUCUGCACAGCCUGGCAAGCGACAACGAGGACGAAGGCAAAGAGAAUGUCAUACCGUCCAUCGAGUUCGGGACCCCAUGUCCUCCCCCACGCACCCAGCCUUUCGCCACAGAAACCCCAAGAAUCGAAUUCUUCGACCCAAGCAACCAGAUGUGGUCAGACAACGUCGCAGAAAUGCUACCGGUAUACCACUUCGAAGAUAGUGUUGCCGUCGAUCAAACGAGUAUACAGUCAAACACGCUCGAACCAUCCGAAGAGGCAGAGGGCGCGGUUAAUAUGAAGGACGCAGAUCUGGACGUGUUUAUGGAGGACACGGUGGACUUCACGCAGUGCACUCCCUACUUUCUGAUGGACCGAUGAGAGGGUGAGUGUGGGCCUUAGCGUGUGGCGUUCUGGUAGCUGCGGAGUUGUCAGUCGUUUUGUUCCUUUUUGUGUUUAACGGAUGAUCACGAUGUUGGGAGUAGCGCGAGGGGACCAAGUCUGUUACUGAGUGGGUGACUUGAUGAGUUCGUGAGGGUAUGGUAAGCAAGAGUCGAGACGUUGACUUAAAUUGCACUUCGCUUGUAGGCAGAUUUACGAAUCGAGCAAGAAGAUUGUCGAG